AAAUCAACAUCAGGUUACUUGAUUCAGCUGUUCGAAAUGCACAGUACUAAUCCUCAGCCUCACAUCAUUUGAGAUAGGGACUAGCACAAUAUGCAACAGGAUCCCCAUAUAUGACAUGCACCUAGACCUGCACGUCAAACUAAGAUGGGGGUGAUCUGGCUUUCAGUAGCGGCUUCAAGACCCUGUGCACUCUUUAUAAAGCGCUCCUUUUAAAAUGUUCAUUUUAAUAAGAACACUCAAAGAGUUGUCUCUUUAGCUGCCUGAGAGGCUAGCACCAAGGAUUUGACACAAGCUGAUGUUUUGAUGGAAGCUGUUGGAAGAUAAAAAGGGGAGUGACACGGCUGAGGUUGUUAUUCAUACGAGCAGCAGCAUUCUGGAAGAGCAGUGAAGGCCUGAUGGCAGAAGCAGGCGUGUCAGUGAGGAGGGAGUAGCAGUCCAGCCUGUAAAUGACCAGUCCUUGGACUAAGGGAGUAUGUGUUGAGAAAGGGUUGGAGUCUCUGGGUGUUGUACAGAAAGAAUCUGCAUACUUGACAAACUGCUAUGAUGUUCUUUUAGAGUGACAGUUUGGGCUAAAACAUUGGCCAGUUAGCUUUGCUAUUUUAUUUCAUUUAGUUUUUUUAUUUCUAACAAUUAAAAUUAUUUUUAGUGCCCAGGGUCGGUAAUAUUGACAUCUAAUUAGCAAAUUAUUGAGGCAUGGUAAUAUAAGGUUUGAACCAAGUCAAUGUUUUUAAACAGAUGGACAUUCUCAGUUACCAAACAAAUGUCUUACUUGUCAUAAAAUCAUUAGAUUACCCGUGGACAUUUAACUUACUAACAUCUGAAUAUUAUACAAUUUCCAAUUAAGGGAACAUAAUAUCAUGAUAUUAGGGAGUCUCCAGCCAGACAGCUAGACAUUGGAGCACUGUUCAAGCACUCCAUGGUCUAUAAUCACAUCCAGAUGGUGCCAGUGGCAACUGGAAGCAGCUAUGGUCAGCUAUAACAUCAUUACUGGUGACACACUUACCAAAGUCUUUCAAAGAAUACCUGGAGUUGGGCCCGAUCACAUGCUUGCGGAGCGACACUUUGUCAUCCUCGUGACCACCGUUGUUUUCACCCUUCCUCUGUCUCUCCAUCGGGACAUAUCCAAGCUGGGAAAGGUGUCCCUGCUCUCCAUGGUGUUGACCCUUGUCGUUCUUGUCACGGUCGUCAUUAGAGCAGCCACACUCGGACCACAGAUACCUCCUACAGAGAAUGCGUGGUCGUUUGCCCAUUGGAAUGCGAUUCAGGCUGUUGGUGUCAUGUCUUUUGCCUUCAUCUGUCACCACAACAGCUUCAUGAUCUACGACUCGCUGGAGGAGCCCACCCUGAGGAACUGGUCGCGCGUCACUCACAUGUCCGUCAGCUCCGCCGUGCUGGUCAGCCUGCUGUUCGCUGCUGCGGGCUAUGCCACCUUCACGGGGUACACGCAAGGCGAUAUAUUUGAGAACUACUGCAGGAACGAUGACCUGGCUACGUUCGGUCGCUUCUGCUAUGGGAUCAGCGUAAUCACCACUUUUCCCCUGGAAUGCUUCGUGACGCGGGAGGUGACGUCAAAUUUGUUUUUCAACGGAACGCUCGGCACCGCCGCCCACUGUGCUGUGACUGUCAUGAUUGUAGCUCUGGCCACGGCGAUCUCCCUGGCCUCCAACUGCCUCAGCACUGUUUUGGAAUUAAAUGGCGCCCUCAGCGCGACGCCACUGAUCUUCAUCAUCCCAUCAGCGUGCCACCUCAGGCUUUCGACCGGACGCUGGCUCCAGUGGGAGAACCUGAUCUCCUGCCUCAUCCUCCUGUCGGGCGUGUUCGUUAUGAUCGUGGGCGUGACCAUGACCGCCCUGUACCCCCAGGACUGCUCCCACGGGACAGAGAUGUUCUACUGCUCAUCCUCCAACCUCUCGGUGGCCCGCACAACCUCCUCCGCCAAUCCCGAACAGUCCCAGAAUCUGUCCCAGGAUGUUUCUCAAUUCACUUGAUUUUUACCAUUUUAUUUUACCUUUCCUGCUGUAGCUUUACCUGUCGUCAUGUGUCGCGCAUUCCCUGUUUUUAUUCUUUGCUGGUCCGAUGCUUUUUAAAGUGAUUUCAUAAAUGCAGGAAAUGCAGUAUGUUUUUGUUGUCACUCUUGCCAUAAAUCCGACCAUUUCUUCAA